AAUCCCUGGCAACGGCACGUGGCGAGGGCGCGGGCGGGGCUGGCGCUGCGUCAUCACGGUCUCUCGCGCGCGGCCUGCCGUCCCGCUCUGCCUCAGCGCGUAGGGAAAGCGGCUGCUGCAACGCCAGCACACCGUCAGCAGCGUCUCCGCCAUCUCCGGCCCUGGGCUUGUUUCGUCGAGGAUGGCGAUUCGGCUGAGCGAGGGGGCCAUCGCGGCCAUGAUGCAGGGACAGGAUGUCGUGAACCCCAUCUUGCAACUCAUUACCAUCCGUGCUAUCUCCACUGGAAAUGGCCCACCACGUUACCGAAUGCUGAUGAGUGAUGGCGUACACACGCUUUCCUCUUUUAUGCUGGCAACGCAGCUGAACUCCCUCGUUAACGACCAGGGCCUGAAUGCGAAUGCCAUCUGUCAGAUUAACAGAUUCAUCGUUAAUAUCCUGAAGGAUGGAAGGAGAGUGGUUAUCGUGAUGGAUUUAGAAGUUCUCAAAACUGCUGAUGCCGUUGGCACAAAGAUCGGCAAUCCAGUGCAGUACACCGAUGGAGCUUUUCAGGGGGGGCAGCAGCAGCAGCAGAUCUCUGGUGGUCCAGCAGCUAACCAAGCACCCAGCAAGCCAGCACAGCUGAACUGGAGUCCAGCAGCAGCAGGAGGAUCUGCGGUGAAACACAACAGCCCUUCAAAAAUGCUUGGGAAAGCAGGAGCCUCCAGCUUCCUGAGCACCCCUGGGGGGUCCCAGACCAAAGUGGUGCCCAUUGCCAGUCUGAACCCAUACCAGUCCAAGUGGACUAUUUGCGCUCGGGUGACUCAGAAGGGCCAGAUCCGCACAUGGAGCAACUCACGUGGGGAAGGGAAACUGUUCUCCAUAGAGAUGGUUGACGAAAGUGGCGAGAUCAGAGCAACGGCCUUCAAUGAUCAAGUGGACAAGUUUUUCCCCCUCAUUGAACUGAACAAGGUCUAUUACUUCUCAAAGGGCAACCUGAAGACAGCCAACAAGCAAUACACAGCCGUGAAGAACGACUAUGAGAUCACGUUCAUGAAUGAUACCUCCGUCAUACCCUGCGAGGAUGCGCAGCACCUCCCCUCGGUCCAGUUUGACUUCACCUCCAUCAGUGACUUGGAGAAUGCAAACAAAGACACGAUUGUGGAUGUAAUUGGAAUCUGCAAGAGCUAUGAGGACGCUGCAAAAAUUACAAUAAAGUCUUCCAAUCGAGAGGUGUUCAAGAGGGAUGUGCAGUUGAUGGACAUGUCUGGAAAGAUGGUGACAGUCACUCUGUGGGGAGCUGAAGCGGAGAAAUUUGAUGGCUCCCGGCAACCUGUGGUGGCCAUCAAGGGAGCCAAAGUCUCCGACUUUGGUGGCCGGAGUCUCUCUGUCCUUUCGUCGAGCUCUGUCAUCGUCAACCCUGACAGCCCAGAGUCCUUCAAGUUGCGCGGAUGGUUUGAUUCUGAAGGGCAGCUCCUGGAGUCCACCUCCAUCUCUAAUGCACGGGGUGGGCCUUCAGGAGGCGGAAACACCAACUGGAAGACUGUGUAUGAGGCCAAAUCUGAGAACCUGGGACAAGGAGAUAAGGCCGACUACUUCAGCUGCGUGGCUACAGUGGUGUAUCUUCGCAAAGAGAACUGCAUGUACCAGGCUUGUCCGUCCCAGGACUGCAAUAAGAAAGUGAUUGACGAACAGAAUGGCCUCUAUCGCUGUGAGAAGUGUGACCGGGAGUUCCCCAACUUCAAGUACCGUAUGAUCCUCUCGGUGAACGUUGCAGACUUUCAGGACAAUAUGUGGGUAACUUGUUUCCAGGAGUCAGCGGAGGCCAUCCUUGGGCAAAACACGGCCUACCUCGGAGAACUGAAGGAAAAGAAUGAGCACGCUUUUGACGAAGUGCUUCAGAAUGCCAACUUCACCACCUAUGAAUUCCGGAUCAGAGUCAAGCGGGAGACAUUCAACUCAUGUGAGAAUGCUGGGAUUCAUGAGAGUCAUGACAGCAGAGCAGGACGAAUCACGCCUGAAGGCUACAGCGAUGGAUGUGAAGCCUGUCAACCACAAGGAGUACAGCAAGAGGCUGAUCAUGAACAUCAGGAAGAACGCCGCACAGCUGGGAUGCUGAGCAACCCAACACCAGCCCCCCCUUCAAGGCAGAGCUGAGUCCUCUUUGCAGAACCAUUAGAGACAAAGAUUUAAAUAGGCUUCUCCCUGCCUUGCUCUCCUAGGGGUGUGAGUUCCAGAAUGCGUUCUAACCUCUUCUUGAUCACCGCAGUUGACUUCUGUGUUCCUGUGGCACAAAUGAGUGCCACCUUUAGGCAAAGAAAGGGCUGCUGGCAUGAAGGGAAUGCCCGUAGCCUAUGGUAGGCUGAGCUGGAGGAGGAACUCCAGGCUGUGGUGAAUUCCCCCACCCGACCCCCAAAAAACCCUUUUGGAAAUGCUUGACACUUGGUUCCACUUGGGUGGUGUGGGAGGGUAGAAUCCUGUGCUGCAGCUUGCUUGGCUGGUGUAGUCAGGAUGGCUCUCUUAGCACGACUGAGGCUUCCCUCCCUCUCCUCUUCCUUUGCGUUCAAAGACUUUAUUCCUUCCACAGGUGCCAGGCAGUUGUUAAUGCUUGGAAUGGCAAUAUGGCAGAAUUAUUAAUCAAAGACGUAUCUCUUAUAUCUGAAGAAUAUCCUUCCUUCAGGGUUUAAUAGACUGAGUCAGAUGGGUCUGAUAUUAAUCAAAAUUGUCUCUUCUGAGAGAGGCUGAUAAGCGUUGACUCUUCAUCCCCCUGGGAAAUCUAGGCAACUACAAAGCAGUGCUUUAGUUUUUCACUUCAAUUAAUAUUGCAUCUUUUUGGCUGCUGACUGUGGUGGCUUGCCUACCUGCCCAUGUUUUUUGUGUUUGUGUGUGAACGAAAUUCCUUCUCCAUUUGUUUGUAGCUGAUGCAAAUGAAUGGGGAAGCCUUUCAGAUUGAAGGGGGGUCUUCUCUUUUAUUUCUCAAUAAAUAAUGUUUAGUUCUUCUA